UUCGCAUUCCAUUAGCGUCUUCAUAGUGGAGCACAGCACGCAGUGCAAGUGGUGCCGUGUCUAGUGUCUUGACUUCUGCGUCGGGUUUUGGUAACGCCCCACGCCGUCUGCCAUCCGUCGAAGCUCUGCUACGCAUUCAAAGUCUGGCCUUUCUCUUGCUAAGGAUUCCAUGGCCGAGGUCAACAUCACCUCUGGUAUGCUCGCGGCUCACCUCCUGCGCGGACGUGGUGCCAGACGGUCUGGCGGCGGCAACGAUCAACGGUCCCGGGGCCAAGACCCCGAGGACGAGAGGGGGAUACCCAUGGCGUCAAGAGGGUACGUGCCACCGCCAGGUACACCACCGCCCCCAUACCAUGAGGUGUUGCUCGCCGUCCCCACUGAGGAGCCUUUCAGCGAUGAUGAAUUGGCCCUAGCUGCAAGACACAUCCUCGGGUACAUCCGCCAGUUGCAGCAGAAGCAGUUCCCCGAGCGUGAAGGACGAUGGAUUGAUGACGCAGACGAACAGGCGGCCCGGAGGCACUAUGGCUGGGACAGAUGGUUUCGGCGGAGCUUCAUGCAGUGGAAGCAGCACUACGUCCUACUUGCGCCAACGAAGGAUUUGCCCUACGAGAAGCGCGCCUGAAUUCUACGAGACUGGUUGCUGGACCAUGUGCGUGUUAACACACGUACUGUACUCGGGAAGGGCAUGACAACCUGCUUAGGGCAUUACAGACAGACGUGUUUUCGCCGAACGAUGUCGUAAUAUCCCACUGGUAUCAAAGGUGAAAAUGAAGGAAGGAAAUAUAGUGCGCCUUGUGUGCUUAAUUACUUGACAUUGCUGUGAGCGAUUGAGGCGGCCUGUACGCGAGAGUUCAAGGGUUCCAAACUUGCCCAUUAAUGAUUGACACCAGCUUCAUGCAUAAUGAAGACCUACGCACGACUUCGAGUUGCUUUGCUCCUGUCUUCCCUUCGUUCCGGCGUAAUGGCAUGUCCCUUUACGAUGAGGGUGAUGCUUCUCUCCACACAAAUGGAGAAACUGUGUUAGCUUCCACUGCGUCGCCAUUCGAGCAGUGAACUUGUUUCAACUGAAAUCGUCAAAAGAAAGUAUUACCUCCAUUGUUUAUUUUAAUGGGUCGCGGUAAAAAUGUCGUCCAACGUAAGUGUAUUUGUUCAAUAGUAUUUUAAAAGGUGUCUGAGAUUGCACCACCCCAAUGCUAAGUGUUUUCUAUUUAGUAGCAGCGGCUCUUGCAUGUUUUGAAGAACUGAUUACGUUACGUAUACGCAUGUUAUAGAACCGCUGAUAUGUAUUUUAUGUUCUCACGUGUGUUUUAAACGUGUCUGUGGACGCUGCACAAGAUUGAAAUAAAUUGUGCGAAUAUUUC